GCUCUCUCUCUCUAAGCUUUCUUAAGCUCUCUUUUGUUCUUUUUGCCAUCCUAGCUAGCAUUUUGCCUAGCAUUUGAAGAGUAAGGCUGACUAGCUUACUUGUUUCCGCGAGAAAGUAGCUAGUGUCGCACGGUUCGUUGGUAGAAAACACCAAGCCCGUGACAGUUGGUAUCAGAGCAAGGUUAAACUAUCGUUGAAAUGGCAAAGACAUCAGGAGCAAGUGAGGCUACUAGAGUUCCGGAGGAGGUAAGGCAACUCCAUAGUGAGGUUGUGAAGGACCAGCCGGAAGCGUCCAAGCCACCAAGGAAUGAGAGAGGAAGGUUGAGGGAUGUUGUGUCUGACAUGGAUGCCAGGCUAGCCAAGGUAGAGCUAACUGUGGUCGAGGGACAAGAUACGUUCUGGGAUUUAGAGCAACGCAUCGGGGAGCUCGAGAAUGGAAGAGAAGAGCUUCAAGAGGGGAUGCAAGCUGCCUUGAACGAGGGGAUGUCCAAGUGUCAAGAUCAAGCCAAGACCGUGGAGAAAACUCUCCUUGCCGAGGUUAUGACAUUGAGGGAGAUGCUUGAUGGAAUGGUUGCUAGGUUGGUGGCAACAGAGGAAGAGCUUAUCCUAUGUAAGAAGGCAGCUAUCCAGGGAAGUGGAAGCGUGCCAAUGAUAGUCUCUACUCCAUCGAAGUUAGAUGUUCCGAAGCCUAAAGCUUAUAAAGGCUCGAGGAACGCGAAGGAAAUUGAUAACUUCCUAUGGAGCUUGGAGCAAUACUUCAAGGCACUUGGCUUAGUAGAAGAAGCCAAGAAAGUUGACGUUGCCGCACUCUUCCUAGAAGAUACCGCAAUGUUAUGGUGGAGAAGGAAGAGUGGCGACAUGGAAAAAGGGACAUGCACCAUUAGCUCGUGGGGAGAAUUCAAGGAAGAUUUGAAGAAGCAGUUCUACCCCGAGAAUGCUAUUCGCGAUGCAAGGGCCAAGUUGCGGCGACUCUCACAUACAGGAAGUAUUAAGGAGUAUGUUAAAGAAUUCACCGACACACUCCUUGAGAUUCCCAGCUAUACCGAUGAAGAAGCCUUGUUUGCAUUUAAGGAUGGGUUGCAGAUUUGGGCAAGGUUGGAGUUGGAGCGCCGUGGUGUCCAAGAUCUCAACACCGCCAUUGCCAUGGCCGAAUCCUUGAUAGAGAUCAGGAGGCAAGACAAGCACAAGCCUGACCAAGAAAGGAACAGCAACGGAAAGAAUGGGGGAGAUCGCCACCACAAAAAGGAAGGCUCCUACAGGUUUGACAAACCCAGAGAGGGAGGCAACCAUGGCAACAAGGAUGACAAAGGUGGAGAAAAGCCUCGUAUCAAGUGUUUCUUCUGUGAUGGACCACAUAAGGCGAGAGAGUGCCCUACGAAGAACAAGCUCUCUGCGUUGGUCGAAGAAAGGGAAGAACACCAGCGAGUGCAAGAGGAGUCCAAGAUGGGGUCCCUGCUACUUCUCAGUGCCAUCAAAACCAAAUUUGAGAUGCCCAAGUCCGAAAAGAAGGGCCGGUUAUUCGUGGAAGCAAAGGUUGGAAGCCGUACGGUAGAAGCAUUGAUAGAUACUGGGGCUAACAACAACUUCCUCGAGGUAAAAGAGGCAGAAAGACUUGGCAUCAAGUAUGCAAAGGAGCAAGGGUGGCUCAAGGUUGUGAACUCGGCACCGAACGCAACAUGUGGGUUUGCGCGAGACGUCAAAGUAAGCCUCGGUGAGUGGUUUGGCCUCUUGGAUUUUUCCAUUAUAACGAUGGAUGAUUAUGAGAUGGUGCUUGGCAUAGAGUUUCUGGAUAAAGUGAAUGCAUUCCCACUUCCUUUUGCCAACACCAUGUGUAUCUUGGAGCAAGGGAAUACUUGCAUGGUACUGUUGAAACGAGAAGCCAAGGUAAAAGCCAUGAAGAUCUCGGCCAUGCAGCUAUCUGAGCGGGUAGAGAAGGCUCAACCGUCAUUCCUUGCGGCACUAAAGGAAGAAGUGGCAAUCUCGCCACAUACAGGGGUCCUAGAUGAGUUUGGGAACGUAAUGCCUGCGGAAUUACCGAAGAAGCUCCCACCGAAGAGAGAGGUGGAUCAGAAAAUGGAGCUGGUAGAAGGUACGAGGCCUCUUACAGCAGUCCCUUAUAGCAUGGAACCCCUUGAGUUCGAAGAGUUACGGAGGCAACCAAAAGAGUUGUUGCAUGUUAGCCACACUAAUCCAUCCAAGGCUCCGUGA